GAGAACCGGUUCACGCUCGAGUUCGUACACCAAAUCACCAAGGCCCUGGACCACGUCGAAGCACUGCUGGCGGACCUGCCCGAGGCCGAGCAGGCGCGCGGCGGCGCCCUGAUCACAACCAGCACGGGCAAGUUCUACAGCAACGGGCUGGCGAUCGAGGCGGCGAUGGAGCAGGGCGAGAAGUUCUACAAGCCGUACCUGGCGAUGCUGGCGCAGCUGCUGACCUUCCCACUGCCUACGGUGGCGGCGAUAAACGGCCAUGCGUUUGCAGGCGGCUGCAUGUUUGCGCUGGCGCACGAUUACCGGGUGAUGCGGGCGGACCGCGGCUGGAUGGCCAUGAACGAGGUGGAUAUCGGCAUCCCCUUGUCGCCUGGCAUGGCGGCCAUUGUCAAGUGCAAGAUUAAUGCGCCUAAUGUGCUGCGCGAGUGUGCGCUGGCCGGCCACAGGUUCAAGUCGUCGGAUGCGGUGGCGGCGGGAUUUGUCGACCGGGCGGUUGCCGAGGACCAGCUGAUGAGCACGGCGGUCGAGUAUGCAAAGGCCUAUGCUCCCAAGGGCAGGAAUGGCGGCAAGGUGCUCCGUCUUAUCAAGCAGGAGGUGUACCGUGAGACC